AUGAUCGCUACAGCGGCAAUUCCUAUGCACGGUAGAGUGGCCUUCACGUCUGUGAUGCAGCAGCAGCUGAGGAGCUUCAGUUCAUCCUAUACGGUUUGGCGUUGGGGAGCACCCGCCGGUUCGGGAGUAACCGGUGGCCCUGCAGUGGGAGAGGUUAGCAAGAUGCCUAUUAAAGUCCCGGAGUUGAGUGGAGUGUCGUCGGUCGAGAGCUUGGCAUGUGGAGGAGAGCACUCGGCUGUGGUAUGUGAGGGUAAGGUGUAUACCUUUGGUAGUAACAAGUACGGUCAACUGGCCAGAGAUAGUGCCUCUGGGGUAGUAGUUGAUGAGAAGAAGGGUGAUGUUGACGACGUUGCUGCUAUCGCGGAAAUCGAGGCAUUGACAGACUCCCAGGCUAGCAAGUUGGCCGCUGAUGUGUCCUGUGGUGCAUACCACACCAUGGUGAGGACGAAGGAUGGCGCAGUUCACUCGGCGGGCUGGGGAGGGAGUUGGUUCUCUGGCCAGGGUGCCUUGGGACUCGGUGAUAAGAAUAACAGAGACAGGUUUGAGGCUGUGCAACGUCUAUUGGAGCUGGGUGAGCGAGUGGAAGAAGUAUCUUGUGGGACGCAGCAUGUCAUGAUGCGAACUAAGUCCGAUCAUGUCUACACUUGCGGGAAGGGAGAGUUUGGAAUUCUGGGUUUGGGUGAUUCCUCGGACCAAGCGGAGCCCCAAAUGUUGGAGUAUUUCCAGGACAUGCUUGGAGAUGCUCAUAUCAAGAAGAUUUCAUGUGGAUCUAAUUUCUCAUUGAUUCUCGAUGAUGAGGGCAGACUAUUCGUCUUUGGUCGUAAUGACUACGGUCAGUUGGGGCUAGGAGAAGAGUCGAUGGGUGACAUGUACUCGGCUGAAAGAUAUCCCCGUGAAAUCCCAUGUUUGAAGCUGGAAGGCACGAAAAUUGUAGACGCUGUAUGCGGGGAGCACCACAUAGUGGCGGUAGCUAGCACUGGUGCAGUAUACUAUUGGGGUGAUCGGACAUGGCUGGAGCCUCACUCUGUUACAGUACCAUCUGAUUACGAGAACGGCAUUAAGGGCAUCAAGAAGCUCGCAGCUGGGACCAAGUACUCUUUUAUUUUGACGGAGAGUGGGCUUGUCUACAGCUGGGGUAAGAAGUCAUCCGGAUGCCUGGGGAGAGAUGAUGGGAAGACUAUGGUGGUCCCCACGUUGGUGCCGCCGAAGAUUUUUGGUAAUCAUCGUGUUGUGGAUAUUGAAGGAGGCAAGCAGAGGUGCCUGGCGGUGACCAGCGAUGACGAAUACAUCGCUCUCUCUGAGGAAGAGGCGGAACAAAUCCGUGAGACUAUUGUCGAGUCCAGUGGCAAGGCGUGCGAAGUGGUUGAGUACUCGAAAACGGAGGAGGAGCGUAGUCAAGGAGCUUGAGUCGAAGGACGAGUUACCUUCAAGUGGGAGGUGUAGAUCUUGGCCGCGUAACAGUUGUAAGACUUUGAUUAUGAUGUCGGUUUCU